AGUAAUAAUACUCCAUAAGAGUAGAGGAAGAGGAAAGAGAAAGCGAGAUGGCUGGGCAGGGGUCGUCGUGGAAUUCAACUCCGCUGCAAGUGUUGCAUGAUGUUCUGGGAUGGAUUGCGUUUGCGUCGUGGUCUAUCAGCUUCUAUCCCCAAGUCAUCUUGAACUUCCGCCGUAAAAGCGUUGUGGGCUUGAAUUUUGAUUUCGUGGUGUUGAAUCUCACAAAGCACUCUUCCUAUCUCAUCUACAACGCUUCCGUCUUCUUCAGUUCUGCCGUUCAACGCCAGUACCACCAAAAAUUUGGCUUUGAUCAGAUGAUUCCAGUGGCUGCCAAUGACGUAGCUUUCUCAAUCCAUGCGGUUCUGCUAACUGCAAUUACCUUAUUCCAGAUUGCAAUCUACGAGCGUGGACAUCAAAAGAUUUCUAGAACUGCAACCGCGAUUGUCAUAGUAGCUUGGUUAGCUGCAGCGGUCUGUGUUUUUGUAGCAGUUCCUCACCACAAGUGGCUUUGGCUGGUGUCAUGCUUCAACACAGUGCAAGUUGUCAUGACAGUCAUCAAAUACAUUCCUCAGGCUGUUAUGAAUUUCAAAAGGAAGAGCACCAUUGGAUGGAGCAUCGGCAACAUUUUGCUUGAUUUGCUUGGUGGUGUGACCAACUAUGCACAAAUGGCUGUGCAAUCCAUUGAUCAAAAAUCCUGGGUGAACUUCUAUGGAAACAUAGGCAAGACUCUGCUGUCCUUGGUGUCCAUUUUCUUUGACAUUCUCUUCAUCCUGCAACACUAUGUGCUCUACCCAUCCAAGGAGAAGGCUUUACCUCCUAAGCUUGAUGCGGUACCCUCCACUUCCAGCACUAGGGAUGUUGAAGAAGGCUGAUGGAAGCUAUGAGACGCUUGUUAGGGAGAGAUGCAGUCUGGCCUCUAACCAAUAUGAUCAACUUGUUAAGCAUUAGACUAGCCUAUGUUAUUUUGUUGCCAGAAAAU